AUGCUCAAAGCAUACAAGAACCUGUCUCCAAAAACGCGAGCGGGCGUUGGCAUUGGCAUCAUCGCCUGGGGCGUUGUUGGUCUUUACCUAUCUGAUCAAGCCGAAGAAAAGUUUGGCUAUACCCCCUCGGAAAAGGACAAGGAGGAGCUGUGGAAGUGGGCACCCAAAGUUACUACGGUUGACAAGUCGGAUAAGAAAUGA